AUGUCGCAUCGCUUAGACUUCGCGACUAGUGCUAAUAAGAAGUAUGAAGCGACAUGGGAGGACCUUGAUGCGCGCCCAUUACCAGAGUGGUACGACCGUGCCAAAAUCGGCAUAUUCGUGCACUGGGGUGUCUACAGCGUACCCGGCUUCUACUCGGAAUGGUUCUGGUAUGUAUGGAUGGGACUGUUAUCCUCUCAAAUUACAUUUUCAGAUCAGGGAAUUAAAGACUUCCUGGAGAACAACUAUCGGCCGGGAUUUACUUAUCAAGAGUUUGCACCUAUGUUUGCCGCAGAAUUUUUCGAUCCAAAUUAUUGGGCAAAUAUGUUUCAGUAUUCUGGAGCUAAGUACGUCAUCUUAACAAGUAAGCAUCAUGAUGGAUACACGCUGUUCCCAUCAAAUCAAACAUACAGUUGGAAUUCAGUUGACAUCGGACCACACCGGGACAUUGUGGCAGAAUUAGGUGAAGCAGUGAGGAAGAGAGGCAUGGAAUACGGGCUGUACUACUCCCUGUUGGAAUGGUUCAACCCCAUGUACAUGCAAGAUCUACUUAGCGCUUCACCAUCGUACGUUUAUGUUGACAAAAAAAUGUUGCCAGAACUCAAAAGCCUUGUUACCAUGUACAAGCCGUCGGUUUUGUGGGUAGAUGGGGAAUGGGAGUGCGAGGCAGAUUACUGGAAGUCUAAAGAAAUAUUGGCAUGGCUUUAUAAUGAAAGCCCGGUGAAAGACCACGUGGUAGUCAAUGAUAGAUGGGGGGCACGGCUACGUUGCGUUCACGGAGAUUUCUACAAUUGCGACGAUCGAUUUAAUCCUGGAUCUCUACAAGAACACAAGUGGGAGAAUGCUUUUAGUCUCGAUAUUAAUUCUUGGGGCUACCGGAGGAACAUGGAUCUUUCGCAUGUAUUGACGUCUAAGGAACUGAUAAUGACUGUUAUUAAGACUGUUAGCUGUGGAGGAAAUGCUCUAAUAAAUGUGGGCCCUACAAAGGAGGGUAUAAUUCCGCUUAUAUUCCAAGAAAGGUUGAAGGAUUUGGGCGAUUGGCUCAGGAUUAACGGAGAAGCCAUCUACGACACGUCUCCAUGGCUCUACCAAAACGAUACAUUUUUGGGUGACGUGUGGUAUACUUGCACUAAAAUGGGAUUCAAUGCUCGCAAACCAACAGCCGUGCCAAGUGUGCUUGAUAAAAUAACGGCGAUCUAUGCUAUAUUCGGUUGUUGGCCUGUGAACAACAUCCUGAAUUUGAGGCAAAUUACAAGUCAAAUUCAGAACCGUCCUUACCAGGUUGAGAUGCUUGGUGAAUACGGGAAAUUGAAUUGGAAGAUCAUCGAUGGAGAAUUCACCGUCCGACUACCGAACAAAGCAGCAGUAUCCACCACACACGCUUGGACUUUGAAAUUUACACCAUCAGAACUUGUAAAUGAUACAGACACAUCGGUAAAUGAUGUUAAUGAUAAGCUUAAUUUUUAAUAUUUUUAUUCCGUUUAACAUUGCUUGAUUAAUUUGGCAGAAUAGAAAAAUACUUUUUUAACGUGACUUUAGAUUUGCCUCAGAUGGUAUUAACCAAUUUGCGGGACAAAUGAGGAGCGUUUAGGGCGCUCAUCAGGUACAAACAUUUAAGACAACAGGCCGGAUGAUGUCUCAAUAAGCGAUGAUGAAAGAAAUCGUCGACGACAAUGACGGGGUCGGUAUCGCUUCAAUGGCUUGAGUCAGAAAUAGACUACAGGGUACAGUUUAGUGCAAAGAAGAUAGGUAUCAGAAAAAUGUAUUCUUCUAACAGCUGUCAAGUUUAUCAAGCCAUAAUAUUUACCGGAGUGUAACAACCUAUUAUGUGCGAAAGAGUGACAUUUGAGUUAACAAUAUUAAGCAUAUUUUUUUUACUUAUAAGCAAAGUUACAAGAUUAUUCGUAGAUUUUAUUAUUUAUAAGAAGUUAAACAACAAAAAAUUUGAUUUCCCUUAAUUUUUUACGCGUAAGUUAGAGCUGUUAUGGGUCCUUCGUGAUACUGUUAUAGAUAAAGAAUGAUUGAUGCGGCGCGAUUUAGCUUUAUAGACAAGAUAUGUCGCGCAUAAAGCCAACAAAAAAAUUCUAACAACACAAAAAUUGGUCUCUUGAAUUAUCGUGUACAAACAAAAUUACAAGCAAUAUUUUCUCUGCCGAUUAGUAAGACCGUAAUAUUUCUUGAUGCUGUUUAGAAACAGUUUAUCGCGUAUGAUUCGUUUGUCUCCCUACUAAAACUAUGAACUGUUGUCAAACCUUCAAAUCGCUUUUUCCCGAAAAAUUCGUUUUUGAGUUGUUAGUAUUAGAUUACAUGUGG